AUGAAUCCCGGCCCCGAAAAUACCGGACACGCUUCCAGCAAUUAUCUUCUCCUAGUUCUUCAAAAUGCCGAGGCUCGAUGCGUUGCAUGUCUCUUCAAGCUACCCAAUGAUGUUGCACAAAUCCCUGGUGAUACUCUUUUCAAAUCUAAUUUUAAGCCAAACCAUGGACUGGCACACACCGUCACGGCUGAUAAUCUCCAGAAAUCCAUACAACGAGGCUGUCAUGUAUGUGCGUAUAUCGGCCGGCUGUGUACAUUUACUGACCCCCGUCAUCAAUCGAGUUAUUUUCAAUGGCUCCCAGAUAUUUUACGGUUUUGCGGUCAUAAUGAGUAUGGUGAGCUUGAGGUUCUCUGGUCCCGGGAGAUCUUUCUUGCAUAUAAGAACGAUUCUAGCAACGUGGAUAGGAAUUUCCAUCCUUUCGCUCGCGCACGUCUUUCUGUUGGUACCAAUACUGGGAGUGCCGAGACUAUGGAGCGUAUUAAGGAAUGGAGCAAUGAUUGUUCGACGAAUCACUCUUGCUGCUUGCACGGUGGUAUAGUGGUAACUGCAUUGCCCAGGGAAAUACGGAUACUCGAAAUUAUGGAUCAUAAAUCAGCAAGAGUCCGUUUAGUAGAUGGCACUUCAAACGCGAAGUUCGCAGCCCUGAGCUAUCGUUGGGGGCCAAAAACCAAGGCGGCUUCGCUCACGAGAGGAAAACUCGACAAAUUUCGACAAGAGGUCCCGCAAAGCUCCUUGUAUAAACUGUUUCGGGAUGUAAUCACAGUUGCUGGCGAAUUAGGUUUGAAGUAUAUUUGGAUUGAUUGUCUCUGUAUCAUCCAAGUAAGAGGCCUUUUAUUACAAAGUUGCCUACCAGUCCCCCAGAGCCCAACUAACCCAUGUUUCUGAUUGCCUAAUUAAGGAUAACCCCAUGAUUGGAAUACUCAAGC